GAACGCACACCCACCCUCUCCUCUCCGUUCCUGUUCUCUGAUUGGACCAUCGUCGUCUUUACCAAAGACACAACUUGUUCUUGAAACCAGAACUGGAAACGGCACCACAGGCCUGGUCGUCUUGAUUUCUCAAGCUUGAAGUGGGAGGGUCGGUUUCCCAGUGUCGUGUACUACGCCUUCGUCUGAUAGCCUGGUCUCCGUUCACCUCUGUGCCUCUUCCUCCUCGUCCUGGUCGGCUUGGUCUUGGACGCUCUGGUUCGAGCCCACCCACAACGGGGCGCACUCUUCACAGGUCUGUGGGUUACAAAAUACACAUACAAAAUCCCCGUCCUCUUCCCCCUUCCCGCUUCCCUCUGAUCUGGCUUCUCUCGCUUGAGCCACCCCGACCCAGUGACAAGCCGGAGGAUUUCGUUGUCGUUGGAUCCACCCCUCCUGUUCACUGAGGGUCAAACGUCAAUUCCAGAGUUGACCUCCUCCGACUUCUAAACAGACUAAGACGCCUCCCUGACCCAUGACUCACGAGGGGUGGUAGUUGGAAAAGAGACCCAAUCCAUAUUCUUUAUUCAUUGAUCCGUGUUGGCAUCUUGUUAAGUGAUAUCUGUCUUGAUUGGUGGGGAUUAGAGCGAUACAUUUGAUUAUUGGUGGGCGUUGUCCUGAAUUAGCCUUUCAUCAUGCUAUCCAUCAUUAAUCGGCUCUUGGAGUGGUUCAAGUCCUUGUUUUGGAAGGAGGAAAUGGAGCUGACCUUGGUGGGCCUGCAGCAUGCGGGCAAGACCACUUUCGUCAAUGUGAUUGCCUCGGGCCAGUUCAACGAGGACAUGAUCCCCACCGUGGGCUUCAACAUGCGCAAGAUCAGUAAGGGCAAUGUGACCAUCAAGUUGUGGGAUAUUGGCGGACAACCGCGAUUCCGAUCCAUGUGGGAGCGAUAUUGUCGGGGCGUCAAUGCUAUUGUGUACAUGGUGGACGCGGCGGACAUGGACAAGGUCGAGGCCUCGCGGAAUGAACUCCAUAAUCUGUUGGAGAAACCCCAAUUGGCCGGGAUUCCCAUCCUCGUCUUGGGCAAUAAGCGGGAUCUGCCCAAUGCGCUCGACGAGAACGGCCUCAUCGAGAAAAUGAACCUGAACGCCAUUCAGGAUCGCGAGAUCUGCUGCUACUCCAUCUCGUGUAAGGAGAAAGACAAUAUCGAUAUCACGCUCCAAUGGCUGAUCUCACACUCCAAAUCCGGAGGCGGAACCUAAACUCAAAGCCAGCUCAGGCAGGCCAAUUACAACGUAUCACUUGGUGUGUUGUCCAGCGCUGCUCAGGUCAAUGCAUGUUCAGGACAUCAAAGGCGAGUGAGUGGCAGGACUUGUUAUGGGUUCAGGGCCCCAAGGGCGCCUAUUUCAAAAAAGAAACAUUUCCCGUAUCAAUAUUUCAGUUCCAAUAUUGCUGCCUCUCUUUUCGUGAGAACCAGUGGCUCGCCCGUGAAUCAAGGUGCGCCCGACUGGUUUGAAUUCGCCUAAUGACAUCGGCUACCCUUUCAUUUGUCACUUUAUUGCGUUAAUUCGACCGCAAUUGGUUCCUUAAAAUUCAUUUUUUGAUAGAAAUCGUUUACCCACAAAUAUCAGUCCAUCGGUUUUUAGAUCACGCUUAUUUUCUCUGUCCCGCGUCAGAUCCUUAUGCUCUCGAAAGAAAUGUGUUUUCUUAGGUCAGAUGCGAACGUUAUAGAAUUUAGCCAUUAUAUCGUCCUGUAUUUAUGUUUCUGUUUCCAAUAUAAUUUCAUGCUGAGA